GUCCGCGGUGCUGAAGCAGUGACGUAGCCGCUCAUCACGCAUCCUCCUCUCCUGCCAUUUUUAUUGUGCUACUGGCUAGCUUGCUAAAGCAAGGGGUCUCCAUCAGCAAGAGGCGGUGAAGACUGCGGGCGAGCAGAGAGAGGCAGUCAGGUCAGGAGGCUGAACAUCCUGGGUAAUCGGGGAGCUCUUCCACACAGGAACAACGCUAUUAGAAAGGCUGGACAAUGUCCGACUUUGACAGCAACCCGUUUGCAGACCCGGACUUCAGCAACCCCUUCCAGGAUCCCUCGGUGACGCAGGUGACGCGGUCUGCCCCUCCUGGUGGUCUGGAGGAGUAUAACCCCUUCACAGAUGCCAGAACGGCGCCCCCCGGGGAUGCCCCCAAAGCUGCUCCUUCCCCGUCGCAGCAGAACACACAACCUGCCAUCAUGAAGCCCACAGAAGAGCCGCCGGCUUACUCGCAGCAACAGAUUCAGGACCAAGCGCGCACUCAGGCUGAGUUGUUGAGAAGGCAGGAGGAGCUGGAGAAGAAAGCGGCUGAGCUCGAUCGUCGGGAGAGAGAGUUACAGUCCCACGGGGCCGCGGGAGGCCGCAAGAACAACUGGCCUCCCCUGCCAGAGAAGUUCCCCGUUGGCCAGUGCUUCUACCACGAUAUCGCGGUGGAUAUUCCUGUAGAGUUCCAAAAGACUGUCAAGAUCAUGUACAACCUUUGGAUGUUUCAUGCAGGCACGCUCUUUGUGAACAUGUUUGGCUGCCUGGCCUGGUUCUGCGUGGACACGUCCCGCGGUGUAGAUUUCGGCCUGGCGCUGCUGUGGUUUCUGCUGUUUACGCCCUGCUCGUUCGUCUGCUGGUACAGACCGCUUUACGGGGCCUUCAGGAGUGACAGUUCAUUCCGCUUCUUUGUCUUCUUCUUCGUCUAUAUCUGUCAGUUUGGGGUUCACGUUCUACAAACUAUCGGCAUCACUGGCUGGGGAACGUGCGGUUGGAUCGCGGCCUUGACCGGUCUGAACACCAGUAUCCCGGUGGGCAUCAUCAUGUUACUGAUUGCGGCGCUCUUCACCGCGCUAUCCGUGGGCUCGCUCAUUAUGUUUAAAAAGGUGCACGCACUGUAUCGCACCACCGGUGCCAGUUUCGAGAAGGCUCAGCAGGAGUUCGCAACCGGGGUCAUGUCCAACAAGACCGUUCAGACUGCGGCGGCCAACGCCGCGGCCAACGCUGCGACCAAUGCUGCCCGCGGGGCUUUCAAACCUCAGCCAUAAACUGACGCAACCACAACACAUGCAUACACACACACACACACACACACACACACACACACACACACAACACACAAAAGUUGGGGAUGCACAACUCUGGCAAAUUGAUUCUAUUUGUGAACACUGUCCCGCCAAGUUCACGCUGCACACUUUGCUCAGGAUGUGCAAAGAGUCAGAGGAAACAACGGAGACGGAGUAAAGUAACCAGAGUUGUCCACCUUCACUUGAGAUCAAGUUUCACCGCCCACAUUCUUCCCGUCUGCUUCUCAGUCAGAUGUCUGCUCACAUCCCAUGAAGCAUCCACCAAGUGACUCGAGGCGUGCCCCCCCCCUGAAGGUGAUCCUAGGUUCAGGCAGAGGUAGCAGUUCUGGCUUACCGUGUUUUUGUCAUGUUGAUGACCUCCAAAUAGCUUUGGUUCAUAGAGUACAGAGUUAUGAAGAGUGAUAAUCCGAUCAUGGUGUUUUUGCACAUAGUUCUGUUUUUGGUCACAUGCCAAAUGUACAGUGCAAGUUUGCCCUCCGUGUGAAUGUGCAAUUGUUCUUUUCGGGGGGGGGUUAAUCCGGAGUUUGGUCAUUUCAAUCUGAAACAUAAAUUGUUCCUUGUCCUACACCUGUGCUUCGACUCUGAGACAAAACACCAUCCUGGUAGUUCACAUAAGUAGAAAUAUGUUGGUAUCUUCUUAUGUUAGGGACGCACCUGCUGCCCCCCAGCAGCGCUGCAGUGGCACCUGUCGGUUGAGCAACUGUUCCCACUUGUGUGUGCUCCUCUGAUUGACAACGUGGGCGGAGCCAGCAUCUCUGAUGACGACGACAUGCAUGUUUAGCUCACUCGAGGUAGCCUUUCCUCUGGCUACAGGUGGCAGCUGGGUUGUUUAUUGGGUGUUUUCUGUGAGAAGUGAGCCGUGAAGUUAUGGCAUGUCCCCAGGUGGACGUUUGACUGAUGAGUGGAUCUGUUUGUGAGGACGCGCUGAACACCCAGGUCAACGGGGUCACCGGUUCUCACCACAAACCUAAAAAGAGGCCCAGUCACAUGAUUUCAUGGCUCUGGUGCACUAAAGGAGGUGGACAUAAAAUUAAAGAAACUUUGCAUUUUCCUUUACGUAUGUAUGACAUUAACAGACUGCUAUGUGGCUCCAUCCCAGUCGUUUUUUUUCCUUUUAGUGGCCCGUCACUCAAAACUUAACACUGCUGUGAAUCUGAGGGCCGCUGGGUCGUAGCCUCCCACUGUCCUGCUUCCUGACGAAAAAGGGACGCGUACCAUUCAUUCAUAGGGAGAGACGUGGCCGGCCUUUUCUCGCAGAAGAUGACGUGGACAGUGGUAAAGCUAUGCUUUUUCUAGAGAUUAACCUGCAUCCGUGAAAUAGAAAGGAAAGAAAACAUUGAUCCUGUGUAAUGACAGACUAACCGGUCCCUUUUUACAGAAAGAAAGAAAGUCAGCCCGUAUGUUUUUUCCUCUCGUCAGUGUCGGAUUACUGGCCAAAAUGAGCAUUGAGAUAACAUGAUGGACAUUAAUUAAUUUCUAUAAAAUGAUAACCAAGUUGUUCACACUACUGUCACUUAAGUGAAAUAUGGACCGUGGGUCACAUUUGUGUCGCACUCGUCUGAAGAUAGAUGACUGAUGAUUAGCGCUGCUGUUAUUACAAAUAUAUGUACUGAACUCUGCAGUGGUUUAAAUACUCCUGCGAGUGUGAAGGUCAGUAAUUAAUCAUGAAGUAAGCCUCCGUGUUUGGCAGUUUUGUUUUUGUCUGCAAAUAUUUUUGUUUUUUAAUAUCCACUGCACUUGUUUUACGUCGACCUUUUAGCAUAAAAGACAAAACGUGUUUUGUUUUUUUUAAUUUACGAGGUAAUUUAAAAGUCGUUUGCAUUUCAAAUUUGUUUGGCUUGAUUCGACAUGUAUGUGUUAUGUUCUGUGCGGUUUUAUAAUGACAUGAUCAUAGCAUCAGCUAGAUUGUAAAGUGACUUUGCAACUUCACCCUUGCAAGAGGUGCGCUGGUAUGGAUGAGGAUGUGUGUCGCGUGGGUAUGAAAGGCAAGAAGAAGAGAUCAUAAACAUAAUCUCCCUCAAGUGUUAUUCUAUGUCCUGAAAAGCUGUGAGAAAUCUACCAAAUGUCCAUUUAGAUUAUUAUUUUAGUUUUUAAACCUCGGUUGGUGAUUUGCUCCCUUGCCAUGUUUAGUUUUAAGAUUAUUUCACAACUUUUCUUUGCGAUAAAUACCCACAUGAUUCCCAUGUAUCCAUAGUAAAAUGAAGCCAAUGCCACCGUCGGUAAUUAUGACACAAAACUGUGUUUUUGACCUGUGACCACGGGAUUUCAUUGGAUCAGAGGGGAAACUCCCUAAAAGAAUUUAAAAAAGGGACACUUGUAUAUUUUGUAAAGUUGAAAAUUUGAUCCUCAUUAUCAAUCACAUGUAAAAAGAAAAAACGUAACACACUCUUGUCUGGCCUUCGUUGCAUGUGAAAUAGUUUGAGUUUUGUAUAUUUAUGGUAUUAACAUGAAAUAAAAUUUGAAAGAAAUAUUGCUUUCAGA